AUGGAAGGUAAAAGGAAAAAAGAUGAUAAUACUAAAAAUACACUUUUAACAUAUUUUUCAAAAAAAAGUCGUAAUAAUAAAGAAAGCUGUGAUGAUGAUCAUCUAAAUCAAACUAAAACUAAUGACCCAGAGACACAGAAUAUUGUAUUGUCAGUAGAUCAGCCUUCAUGUUCGACAUUAAAACAAGAUGAAGUUAUUGAUAAUGAAUUGGAAACUAAUUUUAGAUCAAAUGAUAUAGGGCUUUUUACUAAUUGUACACUUACUGAUGCUGAUAAAAAGCUUGUGCUUAGAAAUGUGUGGGUACCAAAUGUAAAUUAUGAGUUUCCAUUGUUGGAAAAAUAUAAAGCAAGAGGUCUGAAAUUUCAAUAUAAAUGGUUCACAGAAUUUAAUUGGCUUGUUUAUUCAGAAAUUAAACAAGGAGUUUUUUGCAAAUACUGUUUGCUUUUUGCUAAAUAUGGCGGUAUUGGUGGCCAGCCUCUGGGGCAACUAGUUUCAACUGCUUUUUCAAACUGGAAAAAAGCAAAAGAGACAUUUCGAAAUCAUUCCAAGUUGAAAUACCAUUUAUCGUCUGUAUUAGAUGCUGACCAUUUUUUAACUAUACUUGACCAUAAACAAGUUACUAUAAUUGAAAAAUUAGUAACAAAUAGGACAGAACAAAUUAAAUUGAAUAGAAGUCGCCUAAUUCCAAUAAUUGAAUGUGUCAUAUUAUGUGGACAACAAGAAAUUGCACUCAGAGGACAUCGCGAUUCUGGAAAAAUAAACGGUAACUAUUAG